UAUGCUGACGUAGUUGGUCAUGUGGUUUUUGGCGUAGAUCCCCUCGUGAACGCCAAUUCUUUUCAGUCGUUGUCUGUAGGAUUCGGACGUAUCCCAAGAAUAAUUCCCAGUUUUGUGUUUCUAUUGGAAACAAGUCGGUUUGGGACAGCUGCCCCGGCAUCACAUCACAUCGUUCGCGGUGGACAGGUUGGGUGGUGUGUGAUGAAGUCUCAUGAAGUCACCCAGUGUAGCUGACACUGACCGUCAGCUGAGUCAGUCCCAGCAGCGCCUCCACACCGCUGACACACACCUUCUCCCCCUGCUGUCCCCCCCUCCACAGCCCAGCCAGAGCAGCAGAGCCAAGUCAUGUCCAGCCGGAGGAAGUCCACCACCCCCUGUAUGAUCCGGCCCAAUGCUCUGGACCAGGGGGCUCCAGAGCAGGAUGAGAUGGAGGCGUCUAGGGACAGUCCUGCUGAGGAGGGGCCGCCUCAGAUGGACAUUCCCAGUGAGAUGCAGCCCCCAGUCGUGGAGCCCAGUUGCCCACCACAGCUUUCUCCAGCACUGGAGAGGCCAGAGACAGACCCAAAGCCCCCACAAAGAAAGCAUCAAGGAGGAGGCUAUGAGUGCAAGUACUGCCCCUUCUCGACCCAGAACAUCAACGAGUUCAAAGAGCACGUGGAUGCCAAUCACCCAAACGUCAUCCUCAACCCUCUCUACCUAUGCGCAGUCUGCAACUUCAACACCAAGAAGUUUGACACCCUGACAGAGCACAAUGAGAGGUUUCAUCCUGGUGAAAGCAACUUCAAGUUCAAGAGGGUCAAACUGAACAACCAGACCAUAUUAGAGCAGACAAUAGAAGGUUCCAGCAAUGCAGUCAUCUACAACACCAGUGGUGCCGUGUCCAGAGCAGACAUUGCCACCUUUCCUCUGAGCAGGUCCACCACCGUGAAGAUUGGCAAGUCAAAAACGGACAACAAACGGACAUUGCCAGAAAGCCAGCUGGGAAAACUGACCCCGGAGCUGAGUAAAAAGCAGAUCACGGCUCUGAACGUGAACGGAACCGUAAUCAUCCCCGAGGCCACUCUCAAAGAUGGUCUCUCUCACAUCAUGCCAUCUCUACAGCGACCCCCCAACUACAACUUGGUACCAAAAAUCGCUGUUCCUUUAAACACAUCCAAAUACAACCCUUCCUUGGAUGGUAACCUGACUCUCAUCACCUCCUUUAACAAGUUCCCCUACCCGACCCAGGCAGAGCUUUCCUGGCUGACUGCCGCCUCCAAACACCCAGAGGAGCAGAUCAAGGUGUGGUUCACCACCCAGAGGCUGAAGCAGGGCAUAAGCUGGUCCCCUGAGGAGGUGGAAGAGGCCAGGAAGAAGAUGUUCAAUGGUACCAUCCAGUCAGUUCCUCAUACGUUCACUGUACUGCCCGCCCAGCUUACCCCUCAGUCCACCAAAUCGCCCCACUCCCUCCUUCAGACCAUCCCUUGCCAAGUUCUGGGGCAGACCAGCUUAGUUCUGACACAAGUGACUAAUGGUUCAACUGUCACCUGUGCUCCCAUAGCCUUAACUCUGGCCAAUCAGGUUGCACAGUCUGUCAAACGUCCACUGGCGUCCCCUGUCGUUGUCGGGACAGAGAUCAAACGUCCCUCUAUAAUCCAAACCGUUCAGACCGCCCCCAAGAUUGUCCCCCCAAAGUUUGUCUUCACAGCAGACUCGAACAAGACCCCUGACCAGUUAGCCGUGCUGAAGGCUAGUUACACGCAGUGCCAGUUCCCAGAGGAGGAGGAGGUGUACCGCCUCAUCGAGACCACCGGUCUCUCCAGGGGGGAAAUCAAGAAGUGGUUCAGCGAGCAGCGUCUGCUCAACCUCAAAAGUGCCCCCCAGGUGAAGAGCGAGCUCCCCUCUAAAGACGCUCUGCCCAAAAUAACGAUCCCCACGCACUUUCCUCUCCUGGAGAGGGUCAAAGGCAAGUCGUCUGAGCAGCUCAAGACAUUGGAGGAGAGCUUUCAGAGGAGCAGCUCGCCCACAGAGGCUGAGGUGGACCAGCUGGUGGAGAACAGUAGGCUCUCCAAAACUGAGAUUGACUGCUGGUUUUUGGAGCGAAGGGCAUUGAGGGAUAACUUGGAGCAAGCCCUGCUGAACUCGAUGGGUCCCAAAAUCCCAGAGGAUUAUCGAGGGGUGCAGAACGGUGUUCAUGAGCAGCAGGAUGGCAAGAUCCAAUCCUCCUCUCUGCCUCUCCCCCUCCCUCUCCUCUUAGCCUCCACUAGCCCUGAACCCAUAGACAGCAAAUCACUAGGCCUCCUCAAAGAGGUCUUUACACAGACACAGUGGCCUUCACCCGAGGAGUACAACCAUCUGGAGGUCCAAACAGGCCUGGCUCGCAUUGAUAUAGUCCGAUGGUUCAAGGACAACCGUUCAGCGCUGAAAAACGGAACCUUGGAGUGGAUGGAACAGUUCCAGAACCUGAACAGCAAAGCUCAAAACAGCCAGAGCUCCUUAGCAGUCACAGAGAAGACCCAGAGCGUUCUCCAACCUUCCCCAGCCAAAGUCUUGAAGUUGGAGGAAGAUGCGGACAAGAUGCCUGAGUGUUCAAAACUCCAGCCAGUUUCCAACAAGGAUAUAGUCCAGUGGUUCACCAACAAGCUGGGACAGAGCAUGUCUGACCUGAGUCGUGCCCGAGACCAGCCUGGGCAGGCCGCCAUUGACCGGGGGAGGUGGGUGAAAGUGACCAUGGCUGUGGGUGAGGAGGGGAAAGGUCUUGACAUGCAACGGCUAGGCCCAGAGGCAGAGGUACUGGCUGUGGACCACCCUGGAAGGGUGACUGGCUGAAAUAAGCAUGGUAAGUCUUUUAGAUAGACGUUCUGAAGAAUGCUGGAGUUACGCUGAAGAUUAUCUAUGGAAAGUUGAAUCGGGAACCAAUGAUAUCACACCUUGCCUCUGACACCAGGAUGUGGACAGGAAGUUCACUGAAGAAAGUUCACAUGAAGCACUGACUGUGGGGGUGGGACCGUUGAGUGCCAAAGCUGGACUUGAUGCAUUAUUGUUAUUACACUUAAAAAAAAGGGCCCUUGUAAAUAUUUUUCUGUAUUGCAAAAAGCUUUGUACAAUGUUUUUAGAGGGAAAUGGUUUUGUUACAUUUAUAUUAGGAGCCCCCUAUAACCCCUUAAAUGAGGAAUGUUUCGCUACUUUAAGAUCAAGUUAAAGCCAUUAAAUCAGUUGGGAAAUGUAAUAUUUUGAAAAUUUGAAUGUGGCCACCAGCUAGUCAUUGAUGGCACUUAAAACAAAUAUUACACAGACUAGUAAUGGAUUUCUUAAUAACCAUCCUGAGUACUUAAUAGAAUAUAUAGUGCACUGUAUUUCUGUUAAACCAGAAUCAUCGUCAUACACCCCCAUGUAAUUCUGUACUGAUACGCUAAGAUGGACAAGGAAUGGAUAAUGUCAAUCAUUAAGACAAAAUGCACUGUACAUUAGUUUUUUUCCCGUAGGUCUAAUUUUUCAAUACAGCUGCUGCACAUAACGCGCUAGCUCUCGAUGGCUAUCUAGAUCUCUUAGGUGUUCCAUUUCAAAGGCAGAUAAGAGACUAUUCCGCUUCUACUGCUUUAGUGUCAUGUUCAUUCAUGUAUCUGGGAUACUGUAGGACUACCAUGAAGUCUUGCUUGCUCUCUUUUUUUUUAUCAGUCUGCUGUAACUUAAUAAAACACAACCAACUGAAAACGGUGUCCCUUGUAGUACCUCUAUACAUUUCACCUUAGGAUAUUGCCAUACAAAAUGCCGUUUGAGUGAAUCAAUUCAGGACCUCAUCCUCAAUAUUUCAGAUUGACAGUAUUCACCAGAGAUGCAUCCUUCUGUUUAUUGAAGUACAAAAUACUAUUGUACAAAAGUCAACAGAAGAAGGCA